AUGGGGGAAACAUGGAAGGAUCACAACAACCACUACACUGGAAGAGGAAGAAGUUGUUGGGGCGGCGGCGAUCCUAAGGUGAAAAAGUUGAAUAUGCGAAUAAUUGAGGAGAAGAAGAGUGAGAGUUCAAUAAUUUAUACACAAGCUUCUUCCGAGGAUAAACAAAUCGAUAAAGGGAAAGAUGUGAAUAAAGAGAGCAAAGAAAUAAACUUACAAAACCAAGCUGAUGGUGUCGAUCAGAAAAUCUACUGCAUUAAAUUAUCUAGAGCUACAAAGAUUGGUGAAGGUGAGCAAGAAAAUCAAAAUCAUGCAGUUGCCUUUACCAGAGCGGAGGCUCUUCAGGCAAUUGAUAUGAAUUAG